UAAUUUAACCACGACGAACUACUAAAAAUGCGGCGAAUAGGUAGUUUGUGUGUAAAUUAUCAUGUUAUUUACAACAAAAUACAGAACAUAUGAAAAACUUUAUUGAUUUCUUGUAAGUGAUCGCGGAUAUUAUCGUGUUCGUCGACAAUGUAACCUGUUGACAGUUUUCAAUAUGGCUCACUCCAAUCGUUUUGAUUCACUACAUAUUCUUUAAUAAAACAAUCACAUAAUCAACAAGGAGUAUGGAUCCAGUGAUAGACAAUGAAUGGCUCAACUGUAAGAAUGACCCCGUUGAUGAGGUGCCGAGUGUGGGGAAUGUGGCUCGGAGCUGGCAGUGGAGGGAGCGAGGCAUCAACCCACCUCACAGCCCCAGUAAUACAGCUGUACUCGAAAACAUUGCCGAAGACAUACUUGUGCAGAAACCUCUUUCAAUCAGGUGUUGUGACUUGCCAGGUUAUCCGAGAUCGACAUUCUUAAUGGUAUUCAGUCCCGAUGGGACAAAAGUGGCGUCGACACACGGCAACCAUAACGUGUAUGUGUCAGAGCUAGCUAGUGGCAAACAUGUGAGGAUAUUGAGAGGUCACCCGCGCACGCCGUGGUGCAUCGCUUUCCAUCCUUCACACACACAGCUCAUAGGGUCCGGCUGCCUCGGAGGACAAGUUCGUGUGUGGGACAUCAAUAGUGGUGGCAGUGAAACAUGGAAUGUCCAUAAGGAAACAGUGAUUGCUUCCAUCGCCUUCCACCCGCGGCUGCAGCUGCUGGUGAUAGCGACGUACAAUGAGCUCUACUUCUGGGAUUGGAGCCAGCCUACGCCAUUUACCAGAGUUUCCACCAACAAUAUCAAUGAGAAAGUCCGCUACGUAGCUUUCGACGCUUUGGGCUACAAACUGAUAACUGGGAUUUCACUAUGGGCGAACUCAGCGUCGAACGCUUCGGUACUCCAGCACAAUCCUACAAUAAACCCGAUGAAUAACCCAGGAAGUAGAAGAAAUGACGAAGACAGCAGUAGGAAUGCGGAUGCCCACGGGUCACCGCAGGACAUGAUCGUGAACUCGUACCAAAACUUGGUACAGAGAUAUGACAGUCUUGUUAGGAAUUAUCAGCGAUUGUUCAUGGUACGACACCGACUUACCAGCACGCCUCCUCCGCCGAAUACCAUCGAUCGCGGAACAGACCCGAUGGAGACAGACGUGUCGCCGACGUCGUCCGGAGUGACGCGCACGGCUCGCUCCACCGCAUCAUCCGCCCAAAACGACGAUGCAUCUCCAGGUCCCAGCACUUCUAGGAGAGCAGACGCAGCCGACAGCGGCGACGGCGAAGCGAACAGCAGUCGACUGCUCAACCUUGAUGUCUUAUCCUUCGAUUCUAACCCCUCUAGAAAUCAAGACUCAACACCGCAAGAACAUUCCAUAUUCGGAUCACGACCUUCGGCCUUUCAGCCGCUGCCAGAAGGGAGGCCUUUUUGGAACGCAGACCAACGCGAGCGCUCCACUAGACUUCUACCAAAUCCCUUCUCGUCUACGAACACCUCCCGGUCAAAUAGAACCACUUUGUCUGACAGCACGCAACAGCCGGACAAUACAGCGAAUACUGCUCGCACAAGCAUAUUUACAUCGUCACGACCAGAAUCAACGCUAGGCCGAGCGUUUUUAGAACGUCGACGGAAUUCCACCCCUGGCCAAAACUCGGCUAGAACCCAGAACACUUCAGCUUCCACUAAUAAUGCUUCUCCGAGACGCAGUAACGCUUCUCCGGGUUCGCGACGCGUUUCUAAUACUGAAAUGAGCACGCCUUCCCCACAACGUACGCCUGGGUCUGGAACCAGAUCCCAAAGACCUACCAUGACUAACUCAUCGACACAGAUGAGCCCUUUAACUGGACCUGUUGAUGCACAGACGAUAAACGAAAGUCUCGAUUUGAUCCGUGACAUUUUAAGAGAUUCUGGGACUAGGUUAUUGAACUUGAUUACAAAUAUGUCAUGGUCGACUUUAGCUAGUGUGGAGCGUAGUAUGCCACGACGUGGGACGUCUAGGACUCAGUCGGACGACAGUGAAAGCGGCGGACGUCCACGCGGUCUUAGACCUCGAAUUCGUCUGCUGUCCCCGCGCUCCACCCUACGACAUGAUAUUCUCUCGUCCACUUCAGAUUCCGAUAGUGACUCCCUAGAAGUUAACAUAUUCCGCACUAGAAACUCCACAUUUGAAGAUGUAGAGACCCAGGAUACUGAACGCAACAGAAAUGAGGAUAAUGUCCCUAAUCCUACCAAUAGAAUGGUAUUCGAGCUGAAUGACGGCCCACGAAAUGAAAGCAGUCCUCCAGAACCUGGUAGAAUUAAUGUCACUCUGGUAAAUGACAGAUUUCGCGUGCGAACGCAGAGCCAGGGGACCGAGGAUACUGAGCCGGCUAAUAGAGAAGGUGACGCAGGAACGGCUACUGAACCGGCACCGGGUCCAUCCAACUCGAAUCCAAGGCCCUCCACGAGUAGGGAAAACUUCUGGGCAGGAGGCGCCGCUAUGUCUUCUGACGAGGCAUAUCGUAAAGUAAAAGGUGGCGUCAACGCUUUACAAAAACACACUGUACAACUAACGAACUUAUGGUUACGUGGCAACCGCGUUACUAUGCGAGAACUCCGCAAUAUGUGGGAAAAUUUACGUCGACGUAUUCUAAUGUUACACAGAGAAACUGGAAGACAAGACGGAAAUUCUAUGCCAAGUCAUUAUACUCGAUCGCUUUUAGAGAGAUGUAUGAUGUUAACUAACAUGAAUGAAAGCGCUCGUACCACAGCUCUACGCAGAAGUGGCGGCAGAAGUGAAGGCGGUGACAGAAAUCCAGAGGAGAAUGCUAAUGCUACGACGAGUAAUGAUAAUACGAGCAAUUCUAAUAUAACGGAGGGUGAAGUUAACCCUUCAGCGGAUAGUGUAGGCGAGAAUCGUCCGAUUCCAGGACGUUCCGCCUUCGGGCGUUCAUCUUCGAAUGUUAGGUCGUCCCCAUCGCUCAGGAGAAGACUGUCAGCAAGGUGGCGGCCAGAAGAUGAGUUGCGGAGGAGAGCACGGAACCCUCUUCCUAACCGGUUUACACCAAGAACUAACAGAUCUCGGCGCGACUUUGUGCGAGCUAUCGAAAUUAGCGCUACCAGACACGAGAUACGAAUGCGAGCCAUGCAGGUCUUAUCUGUAAUGUUCAAUAUGAUGAUGAUGUGCUUGGAAGAGCGAGGACUUAGUCAGCUUAUCAUAAGCAUGUUGCGAACUCUGAAGAAAGCGUUAGCUUUGACUUGUUUAAUGUUGAUGAUGAACAGGAAUAGUAACCGUCAAGCGAGCAACGCUCCCGCACCAAACACCACGCAACGUGGCGACCAAAUUGUCGUUCGCAUACAAAACGUGGACCAUGCUGGCCCUGUCAACGUUGAUGGACCGGAUGAACCAACAAGUCAAUCUAGAACUGUUCAAGCAACGGAACAAAUCGGCUCUAUGGAAAAUGUAGAUACUGAAAAUAAAGCAACUCCCAGUGAUAAUGCUCCUGCUACGGAAUCUACACCUGCAACGAAAAAUAACCGAGAAUCACCUACACCGUCGACAUCCACUGGCACUGCCAAUCAGAGAUGGAGUAACCGCCUUGCGGUACAAAUAGCCGCUGCUAACAGAAAUACUUCCCUCACCGCGAGAACUAGAAGAGAGUUAUAUUUGGAAAGUAAAAGACAAAAAGCUUUACACAGAACCAAUCCGAAUGCUCAUCCUAUUACCAAGAAGAGAGUGCUGCCUCCUGUUUCUAACCAUAGGAUACCAGCGUUGAGACUGUUACCGAGUAAACUGCGGUUGCCGCGGGCCAGUACGCCUAGAAACGAGCAGCGAAUGGAUGAACCGGUCGCAGGACCGUCAGGCGUACAGCCGCCACCUUCCGUUGACAACUUCCAACAGGAAGCCAGAGAUGAUAUGCUAAACGAAUUUGAACACAGAGUCAACCUUAUAAGGUUGGCCCAUUUACAAGCUGUUCGUUUGAGAAACGCAGCAAGGACUCGGUUCAGACGCUUGCAGACGAUACGUUUGUACACUCCGUCGUCUGUGAGAGAAAUGUUUUCGCUGCAAUCAAAUAAUGGGGACAAUUCGCCGGGGAGUCGUUCACCGCUGCAGAACGGACCGGAGUUGGGGAAUCGUCGUACUUUUGCGGCGUACCGGCCUCAUAUACUGACGCCUCGUAGCGACGCGAGUGGUAGGCCUCAGGAGGACCCGGGCCACUUCCAUACUGUGCUGAAUAAUGUUGCCAUGCCCCUGAUGCAGGUCAAUGACCUGCCCGCCAACAGUGCGGAAGCUCAGAGCGCGCAACCACAGCGUCUGCCGAGGAUCCACGAAUACUUGCAACCUAUCAUUUUGGCUCAGAACGCGAUGGUAGUAGACGACGAGGCUAACGGUGGUGGUGCGGGGGGCGCGGGCGGCGCGGCGCGGCGGCUCACGGCCGGCAUGGCGGGGCUGCUGGACGCCGGCAUCAUCUCCGACACGCUGCCGGCGCCCUCGCACCGCGUGCAGGCCUGGGACUUCCACUGCGGAGACACGCCCGACAUCGCUGACAGUACAAAGAACGUGGUAGUGCAGCGUUGCCGGAUCCACAACGACGCUAGUAUCGACAUAUCCAAAGACGGGAGGUUGUUGGUGGCCCUGCUGCCAGUGCCGCGUCUAAGAAAUAGUAACCAUUGGCUUGGCGUGUAUUCGUUGGAGUGGGCCCGCCUAGGACAGUGCCUGCACACAGCAGUGUUGGAACAAUCUGCGGUAUCGGUGGCUCUGUCACCCACCGCGCGUCACCUCGCCGUCGGCCUCGGCUCGCGGCGGUUCACCUCCACGCCACAUGCCAGGAAUAAUGUGUUUGCGCUUCUGUAUCGACUGGAGCCACUAGAGAGCUCAAGCCGGACGGGUCUUUCGCCGAUCAGGGAACUGGAACAGAACUGGGAGCAAGGGUUCACAAGCCUGAACUGCCUGCGGUGGGCGCCGCAACCUGGACAAGGACUUGUCUACGCCAACAAUACGGGACAACUCAUCGUCAUGACUUAAGUACGUCAAUAAACAACUGACCCACGGCACAAGACCAUUAUAGACAUAGUAAAGGGAGAACGGUAGGUACACACAUUUGAGCUGCGUGUGCACUUGGCGGCAUCGGGGCGUAUUAAACGUCAGUAUCUACGGAUUGCUAUGACAAAUUCUGAGGCGUGGAUUUGAUAAUCUAAUGAACGCAGUUUUAUAUGAAUCAAUACGAAGCAGGCUUACGUAACGUGCGUUCGGUUAGCGCGCUCUCGAGGACUUGUACUGUCCGGUGGCACAACUAUAUAAAUUACCGCGUCGAUUUUGUUCAUACGCAACCCAGACGCUUAAGUGAAAGUAACCCUCUGUUCUACUUGGACUAUGCCAGUCCCACGACUGAUAUGCUACUUAUGAACUGACCGGAAUGUCAUAUCUCAAAAAUAAUAACUUCACAAUUGACUGAAAAGAGAAGACUAGCUUUUCCGCUUGCAAAAUACAGUGUUUCAUAACGAGACCAGUAUCUAAUGCAGUGUCGCAAAUAAAAUGUACAUAUUUAAAAAAAUAUUUAGAAUUAAAUAGCUAUGAUAGGGUGUUCCAUUUACUAGUAUAAUUAAUUAAUAAAGUGUUCCAUGGAUAGAGAGAAUAUUAAUCGUUGACAGUUAAAGUUAUAAUAGUAAUUUGAACAUCCCCGCUAUAUUUACACACAUCUGCUUGUCUAUAUUAAUAUAUAUCUAUGCAUAUACCAUUUUAAUCAUAGACAUUGCCUUAACUUUAGGCAUUUACACCGAGGUUUAAUAUUCAAACUAAUAUAGUUCUUAAAAUAUAAUGUUACUGAUCUCCCUUGCAAUAAACUUGUUUCAAUUUGAACAUAUUCGUAAAAUCAUGUCGUGUUAUUUCGAGUCUAAACUGCUUUUAUAUAAAGCCCAAAAAUUAAAUAAAAAUUUGAAUUGUGAUUAAGUAAAAGUGGGAAGUUACGCCCUAAGAAUAUACAUUAGAAAAAACGUAUAAUGCAGUAGCUCCAACACACUUUAGGCUAGUCAACCAAAUUCCUAGUUGAAACACUUUUAAACUAAUUAUUUGUGUACCAAUGUGGUUUUAUUUUUAUUUCGACGCGAAUUUCUACUUUUAACCGCCUGAUCUACGAUUUUCCCACAUUUGCUUUGUGUAAAAUUAGUAAUAUAUUUAGUGAUAAUUAAUUAAAUAUUUAUUGUUAACUGGUUCAGGGCCACAGCAACAAUGUUUACACAUUUUCGCCAGCCUUCCUGAGUAUUGUUCUAAUUGUUCUAAAGUCAAAUAUGUUCAUUGCAUAUUAUGUAUUCAAAAUUUUCUUUCAGCUUUCGAUCAAUUUUAAUUUACGCAAUAAGUAGGUAUAUUUCUUUAAAAUAUACCGACAAAUGUGAGCCUCCGUUUUUUGUCAACCAUCGAUAUUUUCAUUGUACUUUAAUGACCGAAAUGUCAAAAUAGAGUGGCUAACAUCCGCAAAGUACUUAUAUAUCGGUGUAUCGAAUCCUCACGAAGGCAGGUCAACAUGAAUAGAAACUUCGAUUUCCUCGUGUAGUUCUUCCAUUAUGUUUUAAAAAAUACUAUUUAUGAGUUUUAAGUUUUGGUUGAUUUUUGCUUUUUGUUAUUAUGUUGAAGGCAAAAUGAGCCCGCCCUUAUAAUAUUGAGUUCAGUUCUAUAAAUCUUAUUUAUUUUGUAAUUAACAGUAAGUUGAUAACUGAUUUAAUGUAAUUCUAUUAAAUCAUUUAGGCGUAGAUUUAACAGUGAAAUCGUUGUGUUAAAUUAAAUAGACUGAUUGUUUCAUCCAGGGUAUGUUAGGUUUGCCCUCAAGAAUGUAAAACUAUCCUAAGAAGGAUUUCCUUUCUCAUAUAACCAGUACUAGCAGGUUUUUCACUUCCGUCAAUUUUAGCCUUAAUAAGGGUGGGUUUUCACUAUACGAGUACUCUGGGAUCGAGCGCCCUCGGAUAACUACUCGGUCCACUUUGAUUGGAUGACGAUGUCUGAGUGCGCUCACAUCAUGUGUUUACUCGUUACAAGUACCGACUCUGUAGAUAUCCGAGCGCGCUCGGGCCGAGUGUACUCGUGUAGUGAACACCCAGCUUGAAAAUAUUUUCUUAUCUAUCUAUUCCCGUCCUUUUCACUCUAAUUAGUGUUUCCAUAUGAAACUUAACACUUCGUAACUUAUGACUAUCACACGCGAGUCGACUUUGGCUCGUGCGCUCUAUUUUUUUUUAUUUUUGUAAAAUGUUUACCCUACUUUAUCAGUAAGCCAAUAUUAGUCCUUCUUCGGAUAGUUAGUGAGAGAUUACAAAAUGUACAGAUUACGAAUAAGAAGAGGUGUACAAUGGAUUACACUAUGCUUGUCUUUCAAAUAAAAAUCUUAAUUGUA